AAGAACAUUUUUUUUUUUAAAAAAAAAAAAUUAUUUUUUGUGUAUAUGUUUCUCAAUUUAAGUUGUAUAAAAAUCAAAGCAUUAAAAAUCAAGCAUUAUCAAUUAUUCUUGUUUUUAUAUAUAUAUAUACAAUAUAUAAAUAAUAUAUAUGUUUGUACAAUUUUAUUAAUUUUUUUAUUUAAUUUGUAUUCUAAUUAUUUAGAAAAAUCUUUCGUGUCUACGCGAGUACGCGUCAUAUUCACGUAUGUAUUAUUGUAUUCCAGCCUUACGUAUCAAGCCUUUAAACGUAUCAGCCUUUAAGACCCUUUACGUAUUAUAUCAGCUUUUUACAUACCAGCUUUGUGUCUUUGUUCAAUUAUAAGAAAAAUAAUAAGUAUAAUAGCCGAAGCAACAACAACCCAUAUACUAGCCAUUCUACAACGUUUUCUCCAUUUAUAAUCUUCAGUACCAUUAGGUUUAUAAAAACUACCAAACCACCAAAUAGGUAUAAAUAAGAAACCAAACCAAAAAAAAUAUUUUAUAUACAUUUUAUUUUCAUCAUCAUCAUCAUCAUCAUCAUCAUCAU